CGAUUUAUUUCCACCAGAGGAGCAUCGCAAAAAUGGAUAUUGUGUAGUUUACAUCCACUUCUUCAGAGGGCAGUAGUGCGCGGAGGCAUUUUACGAUUACAGAAAAAAAAGGUCCUCAUGUCCUCUCUCAGCGAAAUGGCGAAUUCGAAUAACAGGAUCGUUGUUCUGAUUGACAUGGAUUGCUUCUUCUGUCAGGUGGAAAUCAAGUUGCAACCGCAACAUGAAGGAAAACCACUUGCUGUUGUCCAAUAUAAUCAGUGGGAGAUGGGCGGGAUAAUAGCAGUUAAUUAUGAGGCACGGAAUUUUGGUGUAACUAGGCAUAUGAGAGGUAAAGAAGCUAAAGAGAAGUGUCCGGAUAUAGUUCUAGUCAGUGUACCAUGCCUUCGUGGAAAAGCAGAUACAUCUAGAUAUAGAAAAGCCGGUCGCGAGGUUAUCCAAGUUAUAAAAAAGCAUUGUAAUGUAACGGAGCGUGCUAGUGUUGAUGAGGCAUAUCUUGACAUUACGGAUAUUGUUGAUAAGAGAUUAGCUGCAUCUAAAGUUUCUCCAAAACAACUGAUAUCAUUUCUUGCAAAUACAUAUGUCGUAGGAUAUUCGGAAAUUAAUAAAAAUGACGAAGAGAGGUGUAAAGGGCUACAGACUUGGAUACUAGACUCUUUUAAAGAACUGCACAAUGAUCAAGCUCAGAGACUCGCCGUAGCUGGCAUAAUAGUUGAGGAGAUAAGAGAUAGUAUAUAUAGAGAAACCGGAUUCAAAUGUUCUGCUGGAAUUUCACAGAACAAGAUAUUAGCAAAACUAGCAUGUGGAUUACAUAAACCAAAUCGCCAAACAAUUUUACCUGAAACAGCUGUUUCAAGCUUGUACUCGACGCUUCCAGUGAAAAAGGUCCGAAAUCUCGGUGGAAAGUUUGGCGAUGUUGUGGUCGAUUCUCUUGGUUGUAAAGUUAUGGGAGAUCUAUUGCAAUAUUCUUUGGAACAAUUAAAAAAGCAUUUUGACGAAAAGACAGGAUUUUGGCUGUAUAAUAUUGCUCGAGGUAUAGAUGACGAGCCUGUCACCAAUAGACUAUUGGCAAAGUCCAUCGGGGCGUGUAAAAAAUUUCCUGGGAAGCAAGCUAUUACUUCAUUAGAAGUGUUGAAGCACUGGGCCGGGGAUCUGGCAGCGGAAGUGUGCGAACGGCUUGAAGAGGAUUUUGAGGAGAACCAACGACGUGCUACACUACUCGUAAUCUCUUAUCAUUAUUAUCACAACAGAAGUACCAUAUCCCAAACGCGUUCGCUUGCGUUAAACUCGUACAAACCAGAGAAAAUGGCGAAUCAAUGCGUGGACAUUAUCACCAAGUCCACCCAGUACCCAGUGGCAUUCAUGGGAAUUUCUGUUACUAAAUUUGUACCAUCGAAAGAGAGCGGUAGCUUCUUAAAAUUCUUUAAAAAUAUCAAACCGAAAGACGAGGAAGUCGUUAUUUUAAAUUCACAUAGACAUACGAUGAACUCGAUGUCCAAUUUAGAAGCGAAAGAAAAGACGCCUUCCAAUAGCAAAGAAGUUUAUUCAUUGGAAAGUAAAAGACAGAAGUCUCAGAAAGUCAAAGAAUCAAUCGCAAAAACUAAUGAAGGGAUGAUGAAGGGAAGCAAAAGAAUCAUUAACUUAAAUACGAGCGCUGAGGAUUCGCCUACAUCAAAAAGAGUUUCCAAGCUAAUCCAAGUGUGCAACGAGCGCGACAAGACCAGAACAAAGAAUAAACGUCUACCAGGUAUGGUAAUAAAUAAUAAUGACUUUCAAAAUUCCUUCUUUAUGAACGUAUACAAGACAGAGGAGAAAAAAUGUUAUAGUAAUGUUGACGAAAGCACCAAUACUAUGGAAGAAUCGAAAUGUAGAAAACGAUUGAUUGUGUCUAAUGCGAGUGAAAAAGGUGCGAAUGAUGAGAAUAUCGAUGAUUACAACAUAGAUUUACGCAGACAAGUAAAUGUUUAUGAAACACCUUCCACAAGGCAUAUACAUAUGCAUGUAAAUAGCAUGAAUAAUGAAGAGCUUACAGAGGAGAAUAACAAAAGGACUUGUGCACAAGAUCCUUUGAUGCAACUACGAGAAAUAUUUCCAGACUUGGACGAUAUAGAUCCAGACAUCCUAUCUCUGUUGCCAGCCGAUUUGCAGGAGGAAGCAAAAUUGUAUAUGAAAUCGCGAGGUAAGAAACAGGAGAAUGUUAAGAUCGCUUGGGAGUUGCCGAAAACGGGAAGAGGAAGAUCCAGCAAGGCCACACUCGCUGGCAAGAGCGACAAGAGGCGUAGUCCCCUGUAUAAUUUCCUGAUCAAGACCAACUCGGACAAGUAUAAUGUGCCUCUAGAGCGAUGUGCUGAGUGCGAUCAAAUGAUACCUAUAACAAAGUUCAGCGAACAUGUAGAUUUCCACGUCGCACAAAACUUAUAUCAGAAGAUUAAUAAGCCGACAUCGAGCGAGAAUGGAAACGCAAAAAGGAGACUUGAGGAUAAUGAAGUUAAUGUCUUCACGAAGCGUUUUCAGACGUCAAAUGUUUGUGAACCUAAUAAGGAUUUUCGAUCGGCAACUACGUCCCUCUCAUGACUGUGAAUCCAGUGUGUUUUUCGAUAUUUUAUCACCAACAAUAAUACCACUCUGAUGAUAGUUUAUCUCUUAUUAAUCGCGAUCGCGAUGACAUUGUGUAUCCAUUGUAAUUACAGACAAAAUUGUAGGCUAAAUAUUGUAUAUUUGUAUAUAUCAUAUAACUGCAAAAAUGUACAAUCUAAUUUAAAG